CAUUAGUUCUACGACAGCCGCGACUCGCUCGUUCACACCUAUACACGAUGGAAGAUUACAGGACGUGGUUCAUGAUCCUCAUUCUACCAGCGGCUCUUCUUUCUGCAAACGGCCGCUCGCUGCCAGAGACACCUGAGGACAAGUUGGUCGGAUGCUAUUACACUAACUACGCGCAGUACAGGCCCGACAUAGGUCGUUUCACGGUCGAUCACAUAGGCGCCUCGCUAUGCACUCACAUCUUCUACGCUUUCGCCACCCUGAAGACAGGAAGGCUAAGUGCGUCCGAGAAGGACGACGAAGAUAACUAUAAGAGGGUGACGGAGAUGAAGGCGAGACACCCGCACCUCAAGGUGCUGCUUACCGUCGGCGGCUACGCCCUCGGUCCGGGACCCUUCAGUCAACUCAUGCGCAGCAGAAGUCAACGUAACCGCUUCGUGACGCACGCAGCGCGAUUCCUGAGGGGCAGAAACUUCGACGGGUUGGACAUCGCCUGGGAAUACCCCGCGGACCAGAGCAGGGGAGGGUCUCAGUUUGAUAAAACUCUCUAUCCGGAAUUCCUACACGUAGACUACAUCAACCUUCGUUCGUUUGACUACCACGGACCCUGGGAGGCCUUCACCGGCCACAACGCCCCUCUGCUGGCCCGAAGCGAUGAUAACCCGUUCGAAUCAACCGAGAAUCUCAAAUGGACGGUGGACGAGUACAUCAGGCAGGGCACGCCUCCAGGGAAGCUCGUGGUCGGCAUAGCAGCGUACGGGAGCUGUUUCCGACUGAUUCCUGGCAGCGGGCACGGGAUAGCGGCACCGGCGCGCGGGCCGUGUGCGGCGGCCCCGUACACCGUCACCGAAGGAAUCAUGGCUUAUUAUGAGGUGUGUGACAAGCUGCGUAACGGCUCCUCCACCCGUGUGUUCGACACCGAACAGCAAGUUCCGUACGCGUUCUCCGACAGUGCAUGGACGGGAUACGACGAUACCGUCAGUAUCCAACACAAGAUGGACUUCGUAGAGGAGAUAGAAUUAGCCGGCGCUUACAUAUGGACGCUGGACUUUGACGACUUUACCGGCCACUGCGGCAGCGGCAAAUAUCCUCUACUGCAGGCAAUCAACGCCGCUCUACGACCUAUGACCUCUACGUCAACAACCGAGUCCACGACCACGCCGACGCCGUCGCAAACUACGGUGCUACCGCUACAGUCGGUGAGCAUGCCGGAAAGGACGACCGUAAAUGGAAGGCGGAGCACGACCCGGCGGCCUCCGCCACCAACAACCACGCGUCAACCCCGCCGAACAACCACGCGGCGACCCCGGCCCCUAACAACCACGCAGCGACCGCGCCUAACAACUACGCAGCGACCGCGCCGCCGCUCGUCCACUAGACACUCGCUCCAGCCACCGUCAACCACGCACAAGACCACUAAUGCGGCCUCGCCCUCUACCACCAGCAGCAGCAGCAGCGGGGGGAUGUCCACACGCAAGGACUCGAUGCCCGACCCCUCCGCCUUCACGACACGCGACACGGACGGCGGCACACAGAGGCUCGACAACGACUCGACCACGCCCUUCGAGACCACGCCCUUGCCGACCACGCCCUUCGAGACCACGCCAUUCGAAACCACGCCCUUCGAGACCACGCCCUUCGAAACCACGCCCUUUCCGACUAAGAAGCCGGGAGGUAAGCAGUGCGCGCAGCAGGCGUUCACUUGUUCCGGUAACGGUUCGUUUCGCAACCCUCACCACUGCGGACAGUUCUACAUGUGCGUGUUCUACGGAACUCCCUUCCAACAGGUCUACCUGCUCGACUGUCCAGUCAAGGACCUCCUUGUGUUUGACGAAGAGACGCACACCUGCAUCUACUAUUUCGACGUGGAGAAUUAUGCAGAGCGCUGCACAUGUCAGGAGGCGGACCCCAUAACUCUGAGAUAACGUGCUUUACCUGCAGGGAAUACAAGCGCGCUCUUUCCCUUAUAACGUAGUACUAUGAGUAUGAGUACAGUACUAUACUAAGAGUAAAAAUACGUUCACGUUUAAACAUGUGUAGGCCUGUGUAGACACUAAAUGUUGUCUGCGAGAUACGUGUGAUAGUUUUAUAUAUAAGUUGGGAUAACAUAUGGUCUAUGGGGCACGAUGUAAAAUGUCACGUGUCACCUUACUUUUCAUGUACUAAUUUUACAUACGCAAUAUUCUAUUUUCCAUACCCAUUUUAUUUUAUAUAUAAUUAAAAUAAUAAUAUAAAAAAUACAUAUUAUAAUAUA